CACUUUUCCAUCAACCACAGAAGACGAACCGAACGCAAGUGCGUAAGUUAUUUCUACAGCUGAGCCCAAAAUUCUCCCUCUUCGAUCAACCAUGAGCUACAAAAAUAUUGCCCGAUUGGUGCUGCAGCAGAACCGACAAUUCUCCCGCACCGCAACGGCCUCAUCCGGCGAAGUGGCCCAGGGUUACAAGGAGUUGAAACACAUCCAGGAAAAAUUCCAGAAACCCGAUGGAAAGCCUGUGUUCCUGAAGGGAGGCGCGAUGGACAACGCGCUGUUCUCCCUGACGGUGGUUCUUAGCUUGGUUGGUCUGGCCGGUAUUGGCAAGCUCUUCUACGAACUGAGCUACCCGAAAAAGGAGGAUUAGAUGCAUCGUCGCAUCACCACCGAUGAUUGCUACGUUAGAAGUGUUAUUGUAAAACUCCCAUCAACCCUGUGCACCUCUAGCUUGCAGCAGCUGUAGUCUAAAAUUAUUGUCAAAACGGUAUUUACGUGCCGAGCAUUGCUAGAGUUUUGUUUGAUAGUAGCGUAGGACCGUUCCUUCUCUUCGCACUAUUAACGUUCAGGCGUGUUGUGACUAACUAUGCAUGUGGAAACGAUACGGGAUGCAAAGGUAAAACGAAUGAUUCCAACUCGCACGGCGUUGCACAUUUACUCCUGCAUUUAUCAGCAAAUAAAUAUGCGUUUUGAG